AUGGGCAAGCGCAAACUCGGGGCCCUGGAAAAGGUCGACGCGGACCUCGCGAACCUUCAGAACAAGAUCAAACGAGAUCCGAAAUCCUACCACACCGACUUCCUGCACCAGUACAUCCAAUAUGAGAACCAGCGGCAGAUCUUCAUGCAGGCGCCGACGACUGCGUCUUCCACGUCGUCCGGCGGAGUCAUCUCGUUCCGCGACCUGAUCGAGUUUGUGGCGCACGUGGCCGACUGCUAUCGGGAAGAGACGCAGGACUUUCCGAAGCAGUUGGUUGAGAUCCUGUCGGCGCAUCAUGCGACGCUGGAGCCCGAGCUGCGGGAGAAGAUCGUGGGCAGCCUGGUGCUGGUGCGCAAGAAGGACAUCAUCGAUUCACACGCGCUGCUGCAGUGCUUCUUCCCCAUCCUCACCACGACGCCCAGCAAGUCGCUGCGCGCGCUGCUGUUUCAGAAGAUCCUGAGCGACCUGCGCUCCGCAAACUCCAAAACCACCAACCACAAGCUGAACCGCAGCGUGCAAACAACGUUGCAUAACCUGGUCACGGACGACCGGUCGUCCCCCAAGGCGCUGUGGGCAGUUAAGAUCACGCGCGAGAUGUGGAAGCGGCAGAUCUGGACGGACGCCAAGGCGGUCGAGAUCAUGAAAGAGGCCGCGCUGGCCGACAACGAGAAAUGCGUCGUGGGCGGCUUGCGCUUUUUCUUGGGCGGUGACAAGGAGCGAGAAGAGCUGGAGGACGAGAGCUCCGACGAAGAGACCACCAUCGACAUCAGCAAGUUGCGCCACCAGGUCGGGGUCAACAAGAAGAGCAAAAAGGCAGAGAGGAAACUGGAAAAGGCCGCCGCGACGGUACGUCGGAAAGAGAAGAAAAAGGGACAGCCUCAUCCGUUGAAUUUCUCGGCCUUGCAUCUACUGCACGAUCCGCAGGGGUUUGCGGAGACGUUGUUCUCGAAGCACCUGCAGAGCGCGAGGUCCAAGUUAAACCUCGAGCAGAAAUUGCUGGCAUUGCAGCUGGUGUCGCGGCUGAUCGGGCUGCACAAGUUGACCGUGAUCAGUUUCUACUCGUACUUUCUGAAGUAUUUGACACCCCGACAACCCUCGGUUACAUCAUUUCUCGCAUCGUUGGCGCAGUCGACACAUAACCUAGUGCCGCCGGACAUCCUAGAGCCCCUGGUGCAGAAGAUUGCCAACGAAUUCGUCUCCGAGGCAGCUGCUGGGGAGGUGGCCGCGGCGGGGUUGAACGCUAUUCGCGAAAUUUGUGUGCGGCAGCCCUUGGCUAUGAGUGAUACCUUACUACAAGACCUGGUCAUGUAUCGGAAAAGCAAGGACAAAGGCGUGAUGAUGGCCGCGAAAGGCCUCUUGGGCUUGUACAGACAAGUGGGUGCGGAAAUGCUUCGAAAAAGAGACCGCGGGCGCGACGCAACUCUGGGUCUCAGGUCGGGCGAACAGAAGCAGCAGAGGUUCGGCGAAGAGGCUGUGGGAGAGAUUGAAGGGUUGGAGCUUCUGGAACAAUGGAAAGAGCAAGAAAGGCAGAGGAAGCGGCUAGAAAAGGGCCUCCCUGCCACCGGCUCUGAGGACGAGGAGGAAGAAAGUGACGAGGAAGACUGGAACGCUUGGAACGUCGAAGAAGACGCCGACAGUGACGAUUCGGGAGGGUGGAUCAACGUCGAGAGUGACGACGAGAUCAACAUUAGCGACAGCGAAGACGAGCAACCCUCGGCAAAGAAAGUUCGGUUCGAUACACAAGCCCCCACGAGCGACGACAAAGAAAACGAAGGCGAAGAGAAGCCUGUGCAAGCGGCAGAAUCGACGACGAAGUCGAAGCUCGCCACGACUCGGAUAUUGACGCCCGCCGAUCUGGCCAAGUUGCAAGAACUUCGAACGACUGCCUCAGUGUCGUCGCUCAUGAAGAACCACAAAUCGCACCACGCAUCCAGCACAUUGCAGCAGACGAACUCACAACGACACAUGGACGACCCUCUGACCGCGGCGGAAAUCGAGGGCCUGGCGUCACUCUCUCGCGGGAAAGCGACUCGAGCACAGAAGCUGGCCUUGCUGCAAGAACACAAGGACGACCGCGAAGAACACAAAUCCAAGGCCGCCCGGAAGAAGGAGCGCAAGGAGUCGGAAGGAAAGAGCACGACGAACAAGGAGAAGGCCCGCAAGAAGAAUUUCCUGAUGACGCUGGGCAAGGCCAAGUCAAAGGGGAAGAGGAGCUUGGUUGAGCACCGUAAAAUCUUGAGAGCACAUGCUGAAAGGGGUAAGAAGGGAGGGAGGAGAGGUAAUCGAGGCUAG